CUAUCAUUCUCUACUCAUUCCUUCUUUCUUCCAUAUAAUCCAUAUACUGCCUGCCUGCCUGCCUGCCUGCUGUUGUUCACAAUCAGAGAUUGCAAUAUGAUACAGCUAUUGUAUACAGUGAUCCUGACCCAAGUGGGUAUUAUCCUCACCUUGCUCUUCAAAACUCCUCUUCGGAAGCUCGUAAUCAUGGCUUUGGAUCGGGUCAAGCGAGGGAAGGGUCCGGUCGUCGUCAGCACUGUUUCCGGCACCGUCUCCGUCGUCUUCGUCUCCAGCCUCUACAGCAUGGUCAAGAUCCAGCGCCGAACCGUUGAGGCUGGUACUGUCAAUCCCACUGACCUCGUCCUCAUGUCCAAGCACAUGCUCGAAGCGUCUCUUAUGGGAUUUGUGUUAUUCCUUGGAUUGAUGAUUGAUAGAUUGCACCAUUAUAUAAGAGAACUUCGACUGCUUAGGAAGACAAUGGAAGUUGCAAAGAAGCAAAACCAAGGCUCUGAGGAUGGGAAAAGUGGUCAUGCAGAAGAGGCCAAAGCCUUAAGAGAAGAGAUCUCUGUGCUGAAGACCAAGGUGAAGAAGUUAGAAUCUGAGUGUGAAACCAAAGCGAAUGAGGCAAAAGUUGCCCAGGCUGAAGCAGAGGCUGUUAGGAAACAGUCAGAAGGCUUCCUUCUAGAGUAUGAUCGCUUGCUGGCAGACAAUCAAAACCUUCAUAGUCAGUUGCAAUCAAUUGACCAAAAUUUAUCAGAAUCUGAAGGCAAGAAGAAUAUGUAAACAACCUGCGAAAGAACAAAUUUCCUUACUUCCAAGCUAUGUAGAUUAAGGAAAGGAAGAGUGAUUUUGUGGGACAGGGUUAGUUUGUGUAUACAAUGGACUUGUUAUAUGAUUUUCCUAUGACUUGGCUUUUUAUUUAGUUUGUAUUUCACAUGCCCUAUACCCUAACCUACCCUAUGAUGAGUUUGUUUUGCAGUACUUUGAUUUACCAUAUGUUGAGCUUUUAGCAUUUUGAAAUUAACACUAAGCUUCUGAUCUCUAUCCUACUUCAUCUGUGGGAAGGAUUGCCCAUGGGG